CUAUUAUAUACUUAUCUAUAUUUUUUUAUUAAGCAUAUACUUAUAACUUUAACUAAUGUGUGACUUGACAGAUCCUCGAAUCCUUGAAACAUAUACUGUCAUUGUAGAGAAUGGACCUACUAAUUGGCUUAUUCUCGGUUAUAAUGAUACAAGAGAUGUUAUCUCGUUAUAUACAAAAGGCUCAGAAGGUAUAAGUGAAUUUUGUAAUAAUUUAAGUGAUGAAGUUUUGUAUGGCUUUUUUAGAAUAGAAGAUAGGUUUGUUUUAAUCACAUGGGUUCCUGAACAAGUUAGUGGUGUUCGUAGAGCACGAGCACUUGUUCAUAGCAGAUCUGUUGCCUCACUUUUAAAGUUACACGAUGCUCAAUUAACUGUAUCUAACCAAAGUGAUUUAAGUGAAGCUAAUAUUCGUAAUCGACUCAAAUUGGGAGAAAAUCAAGUACUAUCUCGUAGAUCAUCCAUCUCUGCCUCCCAAAAGGAACCUUCUCAUCAGUUAUCAACAAGUCCUAUAAAUCCUAGCUCUCUUUCUCUUCCUCCAGAAGAGAAUCAGAUACAACAUGAUGAAUUUGUAGAAGCAAAUGAAGAUGUAUUCUCUACUCCUCCUACUACCAUUUCUUCUGCUGUUACUGCUGCUGCCGCUGCUGCUGCUGCAGUCGCGAUACCUUCACUAUCAGGAUCUGAAGAAGAUAUAAAUGAAUUAGAAAUACAGAGACAGAAGGAGGAAGAAGAAGAAGAACAAGCUCGACUAUUAAUAUUAAGGAAACAACAAGAAGAGGAGGAAGAGGAAAAGGCACGAAGAAGAAAGAUUGAGGAAGAAGAAAGAGAAGCUGCUGCUGCUGCUGAAGAGGAAGCGAAGAGAAUUGCUGCUGAACAAGAAGCAAAGAGACUAGAAGAGGAAAGAAUUUUGAGAGAAAAAAUGGAAGCGGAGCGUUUAGCUGAAGAGAAGAGACUGUUACAGCAAAGAUUAUUAGAAGCAGAAAAAAAUAAGGAUAUCAUUCUUUCUGGCUUUAUAUCGAUACAACCCAGCACAAGUCCUUUUUGGAGACGUUUUUAUUUUAUUAUUAAGGGUAAAUCAAUGACAUUUUAUAGAGACGAAUUAAGCUCCAAACCCAUUAUUAUUUUGGAUUUGAAUAAUGUUAAAAGAUUAAGUAAGGUUAAUAUUGAUAUUGAAACCUUUGUUCCUAAUGCUUUUGUUUUGGAAACACAACAAAAUGGAUUACAUCAAUUAUAUGCAGAUGAUAAAAAGAGCCUAGAGACUAUUUUAACUGCACUUCAAACAGUUAUAUAAUAACUAAUAGUAGCAUUUUAAUAUUUAUUACAUAAUUAAUUCUAAUAACCUAUAUUGUUUUUUUAAAAAAAAAAA